AUGGGGUGGAGGCAUCUCCUGUUGCUCCUGCCUCUUGCCCUGUACGCCUUGGCACUGCUGCUAACCACGCAGGCAGCUGGGCCCCUACGGACACCCAAGGGCAACCGGACACAGGGGGCAGCAGCCCCCCGACGACCUUACAAGCCGGCCAAGGAGCAACAGAACCAGACGCAAGCCAGCACACCACCAUCUCCUGUGGCAGCUGGUAGUGGGGGAAACCGUGGGCGCAGUCCAGCAAGGGUACCCUCCAACGUCAGCGCAGGCAGCUCUGUGCCAGCGUAUGAGACAUGCAUGGGCUACUACGAUGUGAGCGGGCAGUGGGACAAGGAGUUUGAGUGCAACAAUUCCCAGAAGGAUUUCCGCUACUGUUGCGGCACCUGCUAUUACCGCUUUUGCUGCAACAAGCGCUCUGAGAAGCUGAAUCAGGAUAGGUGCCGGAAUCAGGGCCCGCGCCCCAACACAGAUCUAAUGACCCCUGCCACCAGUAACGAUGGAGCUGGAGGUAUACCCAAUGGGUAUGACCCAAAUGAGGACAACACGAAUGCCACCGUCUACAUUUCAUGUGGUGCCAUUGCCUUUGUUGUCAUUGCAGGCAUUUUUGCCAAGGUGGCCUAUGACAAAGCACGACAGCCACCGCAGGAGAUGAACAUCCACAGGUGA